ACAUUUCAACCAAUCGUCGAUGAACUAUAGAGCGCUCUAUCUGUUUCCGCUUUAAGGGAACGUGGUUCUUUCAGUGUACAACUUCAACGAUGGCGGUCGGUAAAAAUAAGGGGCUCUCAAAAGGAGGCAAAAAAGGUGUUAAAAAGAAGAUUGUUGAUCCCUUCACCCGUAAGGAUUGGUACGAUGUUAAGGCACCAUCUAUGUUUACCAAUCGUCAUGUUGGCAAAACAUUGGUCAACAGAACACAGGGAAUAAAGAUAGCCUCUGAAGGUCUGAAAUACAGAGUAUUUGAGGUCUCUUUGGCAGAUCUGCAAAAUGACGGAGAUGCAGAAAGAUCCUUCCGUAAAUUUAGGUUGAUUGCUGAAGAUGUUCAACAUCGUAAUGUGUUGACCAAUUUCCAUGGCAUGGACCUAACUACGGAUAAAUUGAGAUCCAUGGUUAAAAAAUGGCAAACCUUGAUAGAAGCUAAUGUUGAUGUAAAAACUACUGACGGCUAUCUCCUCAGAGUUUUCUGCAUUGGUUUUACUAAUAAAGAUCAAUUGAGCACCAGAAAAACGUGUUAUGCCCAACAUGCACAGGUCAAAAAAAUCAGACAAAAAAUGGUAGAUACAAUUACAAAUGAUGUUACAAAGAGUGAUUUAAAGGGCGUGGUCAGUAAGCUCUUACCAGAUGCAACUGCCAAAGACAUCGAAAAAGCUUCACAAGGAAUUUAUCCACUACAUGAUGUCUAUAUUCGGAAGGUUAAAGUAUUAAAAAAGCCACGUUUUGAAUUGAGCAAACUCCUGGAGCUCCAUGGUGAUGGUGCUGCUAGCAAAAGUGAAGAAGUAGGUGAAAGUGGUUCAAAGGUUGACAGACCAGAAGGUUAUGAACCACCUGUACAGGAAUCUGUUUAAGGGAGUAAUUCUUUUUAUGUAUAAAUAAAAUCCACUUUCUAGUGAGAA